AUGAGCAGCCCAAAUAUGCAGCAAGGGCCCGAGCCUGUGGCCAUCAUCGGAAUGGGUUGCCGCAUGCCUGGUGGUGUUCACAACCCACAUGACCUCUGGCAGCUUCUCAUGUCGAGGGGCAUUGCUAAUACCGAUCGGGUCCCCAGUUCACGAUUUAACAUCGACGGCUAUCUUCACCAGAGUUUAGAACGUCCCGGAAGCUUCAACGUGUCGGGAGGCUACUUCCUUGACGAUGAUCUUCAGGGAUUUGAACCGAAGGUGUUCAGCCUCUCACCUGUCGAGGCACUAUGGAUGGACCCCCAGCAGAAGAAGCUUCUCGAGGUCGUCUAUGAAGCUUUUGAAAGCAGUGGCACCAAGCUUCAGGAUGUGGCCGGAAAGAAGACGGGCUGCUACAUCGGGAAUUUCACGCAGGACUUCCAGCACAUGGCGGGUAAGGAGCCUGAUUUCAAUCACAAAGUCGUCGCCAAUGGUGUCGACCCGGGUAUGGUCGCGAACCGCCUGAGCUAUGUCUUUGAUCUGAAAGGCCCAAGUAUGAUGCUCAACACCGCAUGUUCAUCUUCACUGUACGCGCUGGAUCUCGCCUGCAAAGCUAUUGCCGCUGGGCAAUGUGAUAGUGCAAUCGUAGGAGGAACCAACCUGAUUAUCGCGCCGGACCAACAGAUGAACACAGCGAGAAUGGGCGUAAUGUCACGUACAAACCAAUCCCACACAUUUGACGUAACAGCAGACGGCUAUGGGCGAGCGGAGGGUGUCGGGGCACUCUACAUCAAGCCCCUCAGCGCAGCUCUCGAGAAUGGCGACCCUAUUCGUGCCAUUAUCCGCUCAACAGCAUCAAAUUUCAAUGGUAGAGGCACGGGGGGCAUCACACAUCCCAGUGUGGAUGGACAGGCCAGGGUCAUGAGAGCUGCGUAUGAAAUGGCAAGGCUGGAUCCAAAAGAUACGUUCUAUGUCGAGUGUCAUGGUACGGGAACACCCGUCGGCGAUCCCAUCGAGGUGAAGGCAGUACACCGAGCUAUGGGCACCACCAGAUCGUCGGACAACCCUGUGAUGGUUGGAAGUGUGAAACCCAACAUCGGCCAUAGCGAGUCUGCCAGUAGCAUGGGAACCCUAAUCAAGGCUGUUUUGUCUCUGGAAAAUGGCGUAAUACCUCCCACGGCGGGUAUCACCAAAUUAAAUCCAAGCAUUCCUUGGGACGACGUUAAUGUCCGGGUCGUAAUGGAGCCUACGCCAUUCCCGACUUCAAUGCCAUACCGCAGAAUUGGCGUGAGCGCCUUUGGCUAUGGCGGCACAAACUCCCACGCCAUCCUAGAGAGCUAUGAUGAUGCAGCUCACUCCUUCGGGCGUAGAUCAAAUUGGAUCCAAAGUGUUCCUGCAUUGAAUGGCAAUGGGACUAAUGGUGUUACAAUCGACAGGCCUCAUCUGCUGCUCUUCUCGGCUCACGAUGAGGUCACACUGAAACAUAUUCUGACCAACCAUUCAACAAGUUGCAAUGACGCCAAGAUGGUCGACUUAUCUUACACCUUGGCUGCCAGGAGGACAAAGCAUUCCAAGAGGGCGUUUGUAAUUGCCAGAAAGCAUACACUCGAAGCCGAUAUUGCUGGGGCAGACGCAAAUAUCACUUCGGAACCAAAGGCACCAGCUACCCCAGCUUUCGUUUUCACCGGCCAGGGCUCUCAAUGGGCCGCCAUGGGCGCCACUCUGAUCGACGAUUUCCCAUCCUUCAGGCAAUCAAUUCAGAAGCUUGACCAGCACUUGGCCACCCUUUGCCAUCCUCCGUCUUGGAAGAUUGAGAGCGUACUAAAAGAGCCAGAGGAGACUAGCCUGAUCAACGAGGCAGAGUUCUCCCAGCCUAUAUGCACUGCGCUACAGAUCGCCCUGGUUGACUUGUUGGCCAGAUGGGGAAUCAAACCAGCCGCAACUGUUGGACAUUCCUCGGGUGAAAUGGGAGCCGCAUACGCUGCCGGCCGAAUUUCAGCCCAAGACGCCAUCACUGCCGCUUACUAUCGCGGCAUUGCAGCAGCAUCGUUGAAGACGAACGGGGCAAUGCUGGCGGUCGGCUUGGGAGCAGAAGAGUCUCAGAAAUAUAUCGAUGAGUCGAUUGCUAAAGGGAAGGUCGUGGUGGCCUGCCACAACUCGCCUAGUUCCAGUACGCUCAGUGGUGAUCGAGACGGCAUUGAAAGCCUGAAAGCGAUUCUAGAUGAGAACAAGGUGUUCGCCCGAGUCCUCAAGACCGGUGGAAAAGCAUAUCAUUCUCAUUUCAUGAAGGAUGGUGCCCUGACCUAUGCGGACUAUCUGGAGAAGGAAACCAACAUCACAACGACCCCCUUCCAGAAGAAACCGUGGUUUUCAAGUCUCAAGGCAAAGGCAAUCAGGGACGAUGAAGGACCCGUGCCUGACUCUUACUGGGUCGACAACCUCAACAACCCGGUGCUCUUCAACCAAGCUGUAAAGCUGAUGCUAGAGAGCAUGCCCGAAGUGAACACUCUGAUUGAGGUUGGGCCACACUCCUCAUUGGAAGGCCCGCUCAGACAAAUAUGCCAGGCAGCGAAGAAGAAGGACGUGAUCUACUUCCCAACCCUAAAGAGAAAGGAGAACAGCACCGAACAACUGUUCCGGCUGGCAGGCCGUCUAUGGGCCAACGAUGGGGAUAUGGAUCUGAGUGCUGUCACCGGUUUAGAAAAGGUAUCUGAGCAGGGAGAGAUCUUCACUGAGCGCGGGACGUUGCUAGUCGACCUCCCAUCGUACCACUGGACAUACUCCAAGAAAUAUUUCGCAGAGUCACGAAUCAGCAAAGAGCAUCGUGGCAUGAAGGAGCCACGCCACGAUAUUCUCGGCCGCCGUGUUCCCGGUACAUCAGCGCUCGAACCCAUGUGGCGCAACAUCUUGCGUCAGGGCGACUUACCCUGGCUUGUACAGCACAAGGUGGCUGGCGAGGUUCUUAUGCCUGGAGCUGGAUAUCUUGCAUUGGCCAUUGAAGCAAUGACUCAGAUCAAUGAUCAAGCAGAAGAGCCACUGGUUGUUGAAAGCUUCACCAUUCGGAAUUUAGCAAUUGCAACAGCUACUGUUAUCCCAGAUGAUGACACUGGGACCGAGACAAUCUUCGUCAUGCGACCUCUAACGAGGAAGCUUGAGGUCUCCGCCGAUCACAAAACAGGCCAGUGGUAUGAGUUCGCUCUCUCGUGCUAUUCUUACGGAACCUGGAAGGAGGCCGUUCGGGGCAAGAUAGCCAUCAACGUCAAAGGCCCUGCGGCUAUUCAACCUCCCCAACCUCUGCCAGAGACGCCGGAUAAGAUGGAGUAUCUGGACUGGCUCAACAAACUCCGAGCCCUGGGAAUCGAGCUGGGACCAGUCUUUCACCACAUUAGCAACAUCUACAGCGAUGGAAAGUCGCAUGCAGCGCGCGGAGACAUGAAGAUUGCCAAAGAGUGCGGCCUCAUGGAGGGAGAGUCACGAUAUGCUCUGCACCCAACUGUGCUGGACUCGAUUGUGCAGCCGGCCACUUUUGUUGCUCACAACGGCGUGAUUGAUGACCUGCGAACGGGCACGAUUCCCACUCACUUCGGCGAGGUGACGGUUUACCCGCCAACAGACGACCAAAUCGCAAAGGAGGGUGCCUUGAAGGUGUGGGCGACAAACGUGGGGAAUAGAGCGUUUUCCUGCAGCUGCGAGUUGAUCGCGCACGACGGAUCGUUGAUUGCUGAGUUUUCCGACUGUGAUAGCUUGCUCUACAGCGCGGCGGUGCCUCCUGAGUAUCAGGGCUACCUGCAGAAGGACCUGUACCAGAAGAUGGAUUACAAGAUCGAUGUGGAUUACCUCAAAUGGGCUGAUGAGGCUGGUGCACUCUCAUCUGAUACAUUAGUAACUGUUCUCAGUGCACUCAUCUUUAAAGACCCAACCAAGCGAGUUCUUGCCCUUGACGAGUCCCUGAUUCCUCAACUGCUUCGUACAGAGUCACUGCUCAAGAUCAAUGUUGCCGCUGGAUCUCAAGAGAUUGCCGAAUCCAUCAAUCGUCAGUAUUCGUACUCGGAUGCUUUUGACGUCAUUCAAUUCGACUUGAAAUCCUCUGAUCCCAGUACCCUUGCAACAAAGUAUGAUCUGGCUGUUUUCUCAGCCUCCGAAGUUCCCGAACAACAGAUCUUGGAUCGCAUUCGCGGUGUGCUCACGGAUAAAGGGCAACUGCUGCUUCACGUUUCAGGCUCAUUUGAGCUAGAGAAGUGGCAAGAGGCACUCAAGAGUUCCGGUUUCUCUGGCACUCAGUUGAGUCUUUCUGGAGGUACAAUCUUGACUAGAGUUGUUGGGUUGCCUAAUGGGCACACUAAUGGUGACGCCAACGGACACGCCAAUGGCGCUUCUACUCCGAACAAACCGACCGUUUCGAUUAUAUACAAGGAAGAGCCUACCGCGUUUGUUUCUAAAGUUUCUGAGGAGCUUAUUUCUCAGGGAUGGGAGAUCCGCCUUCAGAAGCUCGACUCAUAUAAACCAGUAGAGGCCGAGCGGGUCGUCAUGCUGGCAGAUGCAGAAGGCCCACUCCUUGCAACACUUGAAGAAGCACAGCUGGAGAUCCUCAAGGGAAUAACGGAAUCUGUCCAAUCCAUCGUCUGGGUAACCUGUGGUGGACUUAUGUCUGGUGAUAAGCCUGAAUUUGGUAUGGCCGAGGGCUUCGCGCGCGUUAUCCGUGCUGAAAAGACGUCCCUUGACCUCGUAACCGUUGAUUACGAUGUUGAGCAGACCUCCAAUGCCCGCGUAGCUACCUUCGUUGCCGAUAUACUUAGAAGGCAACAAGAUCUAGGCAAGAAUGGCGAGAACGAAUACUGUCUCCAGUGCGGGGCGGUGUAUGUCGGGCGGCUGGUUGCAGACCGUGGGCUAAACAGGCAGUUUGCCCCCGACUCUGGCGAGGCAGUCACUCUAUAUCAACGGGACGGACCAUCUGUUCGCGCUUCUAUCAGUGAAGGUGUCAUUUCCUACAGAGCUGACCGCAGAGAAAGAGCAGUCGGAGCCGACGAGGUCAAGGUUCAUGUGGAGGCCAUCGGCCUCUCCGCAGAAGACGGAUCUGAUGGGCGUACAUUCCUAAACCAUGAGUUGGCAGGAACCGUCAUAUCAGUAGGCGAAAACGUGACGCACAUAGAGCCAGGGUCCAAAGUUAUCGGUUUCGCCGUAGAUAACCUGUCGACGUACCAGGUCACUCCAUCCAACCUUGUUCAACCACUAACAACGUCCGCCUCCAUGGUUGAGGCGGCCACUAUCCCAUCAGCCUUCUCCACCGUGAUUUAUGGCCUUGAAGAGCUCGCCAAAGCCGAAGAGGGUGAAACAGUGGCUAUCGUUGAUGGCAUGGGUGCUGUCGGGCUUGCUGCCAUUCAGUGGUGCAAGCUUCUAGGUGUUUUAGUUGUGGUCAUUGCCACUUCCGACUCUACCGAGGGCCUUCUUCUUGAACAGGGCCUGGUGCCCAAGGAGCGGAUUGUGUUGGCUGUGGGUGGUGGGCUUUCAGCGAAACUGAAGGUAGCGACCGGCGGAAAGGGCAUCGAUGUUUUGCUCUGCUCAGCAACCUCGGAUGAGACAAUCAUCACCGAGUGUGGGCGAAAUCUGGCACACUCCGCGAGAGUAGUGUCGUGCGGCGCUACAGAUGAGCAGUCAGAGGCUUUGGCUGACUUGCCAGUCAUCAAGAUGCGCCUGAGCGUUUUCCACUUCGACUUGGUAGACCUCCUUCGUCAUCGACCCAGAGUCGUAGCAAGGCAGGUUUCUCAAUCAACUCCAACUCUUCAAAAAUGCGUCGACGCCUUUGAAAAGGGCAACAUCAAGCCGUUGACACCCAUUUCUAUAAUCAAACCUCCCAAGAUCGAACAUUUCAUCCAGAGCGGUCCUCAAGAGCUUAGCUCCGGUAAACGAGUUCUAUCCUAUGGUGAGGAUGUAUCGUUCAACGCUCUCCCUUCGACAAUGCCUCUCAAGUUUAGAGAGGACGCGACCUACCUCAUGGUAGGCUGUCUUGGUGGGUUAGGAGUGCACAUUGCGCUCUGGAUGGCCGAAAGAGGAGCCAAUCAUCUGGCCUUUGUUUCGCGUGGCGGAACGGCCAAGGCAGAAGCAGCACAAACCGUGCAGACUCUCAUCGAUAUAGGGGUCGAUGUGAAGAUUUUACGUGCUGACAUCCAGAACAAAAAGGAGCUAUCAGACGCUCUCGAGCAGGUCGAUGAAAACUUCCCCAUCCGUGGUGUUAUAAAUGCUGCCACCGUCUUACGUGAUGGCCUUUUCCGCAACAUGUCAUUUCAAGAUUGGCGAGCGGUUGCAAGUACCAAGAUGGUUGGUACCUGGAAUCUUCACGAGAUCUUCUCCGAGCCCGGGCAGCUCGACUUCUUUGUCGUGACAAGCUCCGUCACUGCAACUUUGGGCUCUAGUGGACAGGCUAAUUAUGGUGCUGCCAAUCGAUUCCUCGACCACCUCUGCCACCACCGCCAAGUCCGUGGACUUCCAGCUGUCUCCCUAAUCUUACCUGCUAUCUUUGGCAUCGGAUACCUGCUUGCAUUCCCCGAGAUCGCGAAAUCCAUUCGAUCAAAGGGCAUGUACGGCAUUUGGAAACAAGAAAUGCUCGAGGCUUUCGAGGUUGCCAUGACUCCUCAUAGCCUUGUACCGGACGUGUAUCAUAUUGUUGUUGGAGUCCAGCCUCGACGUUACGGCCCUGCAAUCAAAGCGGCAAGCGGAGACAUCUCACUGGAGGGCGAGAUGCGUCUUAGUUGGAUACUUCAGGCCAUCAAGGAGCAAACUGGCGAUACGGGCUCGACGCAGACGGAGGGUGCAACCAGUGGAGUUAGCCCUCUACUUGCCAUACAGCGCGCGGCCACUAUUGAGGAGGCUGCCGAGGCUGUGACUGAUAUCCUCGCCCGUCGCUUAGCGCGUCUCAUGAUGAUGGAAUUAGACUCAAUCCACACAACCGGAAAAUCAGUGGCGAGCCACGGACUGGACAGCAUGAUUGGUGCCGAGUUCCGCAACUGGAUCUUCCGUGAGUUCAAGGUUGAUGUGCCCUUUCAGCAGCUACUUGCAGGGAGUUUGACGGUGUCGGAACUGGCCCGCACCUUGAGUGAAAGAGUAAAGGAAAGUCACAAGUGA